AUGCCUCGAGGGAGAGAGUACACGUCUGUGCAGAUCCGCUUCAUUCUCGCGGCAGUUCUGAGAAAGGAGUCGGUCAAUUCCAUUAUAUCAAGCUACCACGAGAGGUUUCAGAAGACCCUGAGACCUCAACAGAUUCGCUAUGUCCGGAUCAAGUAUGGCAACGAUCCAGUCUUGAACACCUGCUUGGUCAAUCAAGUCGUCAAGACGAGGAAAUACCCAACGGUCUCCAGAGGACAUUCUUUCGUUAAGACACGGGACGGUGGUACAAAAGAGCAGCUCAAACCGAGUGCCAGGACAGCUUCAACUCAGCUAGGGGCUACUCCGCCAUCGCCACGUCAAGUCAGCACUGUACCCUCUGUCCCAGACCCAGCAGUUUCCCCCAUACUGCCCCUCGUCCAGAACUAUCAGAGCAAAGUUCAUAUCCCCUUGGAUCAGGCGUCGAUGUUCACCUUUCCCUGCCCACAACUUUUUCAACCACCCCCGGCACUUCAAACAAGCGAGAUAAGAUGGGCAACGCAGCAACAAUUCAGCAAGGGUGACUACCCCUGUUCAGACAGCUCUCAACCCCUAGGCCACACUAUUGCGUUCUGCCACCGACAGCAAAGUAAACCAUCUUCCGGCGUUGCUGCCACCGUGGACAAUACCUUCAGCGGGUUGUUCAGCCUUGGGCUCUCUGAGAAGUCGACGUCGCAGAAUAACUCAAGCCCUAGCUGCACCUUGCAGUCCUGGGGUGACAACGAUACGAACAGCGGCCAUGGUGCCACGUACAACGACUACGGUACUUCUUCUCAGAGAAUGGCUCAAGAGUCGAACAUCCCUGGCUAUUCUGCCUCUACACAAAGGCAACCAUGGGAUCUCCCCGGAACACCAUCGGCCUACAACACGGCAUUGCUUCCUCGCAAAGACAACGCAACUCCACAGUAUUACGACAAUAUCACCAACAAUCAACAAGAUAUACCCCUGGAUCCCGAACUCCUCCCGGGGGGCCAGUACUUCACGGAUCAAGAGGACACUCCGGCCGGGCCAUGGAACCAAACCAAGAGCGACAUAGACUUUGCUUCCAUAGACUGGAGCGCGCUUCUCAACGCGCAACCGCAGGCCACCACAGCCCCAACUCAAGAUCGCUCUGCAGAGGUUGCUCUUGCUACGUUCGAAGAGAUGGAGACCACGUACCAGCCGUCAAAAUUACCGAGAAACAACAUUUUUAAGUGA